GUCUCAACUGUCACUGACAUUCCCAGCAUUCAUGUUCACUGCGACUACAUUAUUUUCACAAUGUAUUCAGGCUCGGGCUUCCUCGCAAUCCUCGACAAAACACAAGGUCUCGCAGCUUUCGUGGCCCUGUCGCUUAUUAUCAUCAUCGCAGUCGUGUUGCGGCUUUAUCGCCCGCAGCAUAGUCCCCCUCCCGCCGGAAAGUCGACGACAAACGCCUCAAAGCGCGCGAAAAAAGACGAAAAUAAUCCCGAAAAACGGAUACCCUCUGACUUCCAAGCCCCUACACCAACUCCCUAUCCAGACUGGUCGAUCAGACAUACAAAACCGCUGCCGUACAGACCAUUCCGCUAUGGCCCCAAGUACAACGUGACCAUGGGCCUCCGGGCAAUCCACCACGACGACUGGAUCGAGCUCGACAACCAAUUCCCCAAAUUCCACGCCGAAAAAGCCCGCCGCAUCGCCGACCGCGGGGAGAAAUGCACCAAGACCGCCCCCGAAGCCUACCCCGCCGCCCUCGAGCUCCUCGAAGAACUAGCCCGCUACCUGCCCGCCCGCUACCCGACCCUCUUCCGCCUUACGGAAACCGGGCGCCUCGUCAACCUCUGGUCGGGGGAGUCGUUCGACAUGGCCGAACGUCCGCUGGCCGAGGACCCCAUGGCCGUGUGCGCGCGGCUGGUCCAGGACGACCUGGCCAUCAUGGUGGAGCGGGAGGACGACGGGCAGUACUACCUCCUCGCCGGGUCGAUCCUGCUGCCCGGGUUCUGGCGGCUGGGGGACAAGUUCGGCAUGGCGCUCUCGGAAAUCCACUCGACGGGCGACGUGCCGCAGUUCCGCGAGAAGCUCGAGGCCGGCAUGGGGAAAUUCUUCGCACGGCUGCGCCCCGACGAGCUGUACGCCCGGCAUAACUACUUCAUGCAGGUGGAUGACGGGCUGGGGUGGAGCCGUAGCAUCGGAUCCGAGGACGCGCCCGAGGGGUCGAGGGGGUGGGGCGCCGUCAAGGAAGGGGACAAACCCAUCGAAGAGGUGUGGUUCCGGUCCGAGAGGCAGACGUUGCGCAGGUUGCCGAGGACCGGGGCGGUGGUGUUCACUAUUCGGACGUACUUUCACCCCAUGACCGAGGUGGCGCGCGAGGACUACGUUCCUGGUAGGCUGGCCAGCGCUAUACGGAGCUGGGGCCCGGAUGUGAGGCGCUAUAAAGGGCUGGAGAAGUUCGAGCGCGUCUUGCUGGAGUAUCUUGACGAGCAGCACCAAAAGCAGGUCGAGCAGGGACUGGACCUUGGUAAGGAGGAUGAGAUGCGACGAUAUCCAUGGUAGAGGGUUGCCAAAUCGUGUAUGGAUAGACGCAGCGUCUCAAAAAAAAAAUAGAAAAAAGGGGCUUCAUUGAGGGGAACGGACUUUCUCGGUUCGACAUCGGAGACCGAGGUUAAUCCACCUCUGUGGGCAUAGUCCCUAUAUAUGGGUAUAGGUCCUACACGAGGGUACUAGACCCACACAGUAUAGCUUAUAUACGCGGGUCAGGUAACGGGUUUACACACUAUAU